CUUGCCAAGAUCUGGGAUUUUUCUGCUCAUCCUCUUGACCUCUUAAGGUGUCUAGUGGAUCAACAAGAGGAAACCGAGCUGCGCUUGAGCUAGGACCUUUGGAGAGUCUCUGAGGAUGGGUGAAGAAGGCCCUCCGAGUCUGGAGUAUAUCCAGGCCAAGGACUUGUUCCCCCCAAAAGAGCUCAUAAAGGAGGAAGAGUCACUGCAGGUCCCUUUCACUGUGUUGCAGGGUGAGGGAGUGGAGUAUCUUGGCCAUGCAAAYGAUGCUGUGAUCGCCAUCUCCAACUACCGGCUUCACAUCAAAUUUAAGGAUUCUGUGAUCAAUGUGCCUUUGAGGAUGAUGGAAAGUGUGGAGUGCCGGGAUAUGUUCCAGCUCCACAUUGUCUGCAAGGACUCCAAAGUAAUCAGGUGCCAUUUCUCCACCUUCAAGCAGUGCCAGGAGUGGCUGAAGAGGCUGACUCGAGCCAUUGCCCGCCCUGCGAAGCCCGAGGACCUCUUUGCGUUCGCCUACCACGCGUGGUGCUUGGGGGUCUGUGUCGAUGAGGAGGAUCAACAUGCACAUCUCUGCCGUCCAGGUGACCACGUGAAGUACCGAUUUGAGAUGGAGCUGGUGAGGAUGGGCUUCGACCUGCAGAACGUCUGGCGAGUCUCCGACAUCAACAACAAUUACAAGCUUUGUUCCAGUUAUCCCCAGAAGCUGCUGGUUCCUGUCUGGAUUACUGACAAGGAGCUGGAGAAUGUGGCGUCGUUUAGAUCUUGGAAAAGGAUCCCUGUUGUGGUGUACAGGCACGUGCGCAACGGGGCGGUCAUCGCACGCUGCAGCCAGCCCGAGAUCAGCUGGUGGGGCUGGCGCAACGCCGACGACGAGUAUCUUGUGAGCUCCAUCGCCAAAGCGUGUGCCCUGAACCCCGGAGCGAGGGCGGGCGGCGYGGCGCCGCCCGGCGCCAGCAGCGACGGCAGCGAGCCCUGCGACGCCGACUUCGACGCGUCGCUGACGGCAUGUUCAGGUGUGGAGAACACUGGAACUCCUCAGAAGCUGCUGAUCCUCGACGCGAGGUCCUACACGGCGGCCGUUGCCAACAGAGCAAAGGGAGGAGGCUGCGAGUGUGAAGAGUAUUACCCAAACUGUGAGGUUGUGUUCAUGGGCAUGGCCAACAUCCACUCCAUACGGAACAGCUUUCAGUACCUGCGUGCUGUCUGCAGCCAGGUGCCAGACCCUAGCAACUGGCUUUCGGCUCUGGAGAGCACCAAGUGGCUGCAGCACCUUUCCGUGAUGCUGAAGGCAGCAGUUCUGGUCGCCAGCGCGGUGGACAGAGAGGGGCGCCCGGUGCUGGUUCAUUGCUCGGACGGCUGGGACAGGACGCCGCAGAUCGUGGCGCUGGCCAAGAUUCUGCUGGACCCCUACUACAGGACCAUGGAGGGCUUCCAAGUGCUGGUGGAAUCAGACUGGCUGGAUUUUGGUCACAAAUUUGGUGACCGCUGUGGUCACCAAGAGAAGGUGGAAGAUCAGAACGAGCAGUGCCCGGUGUUUCUCCAGUGGCUGGAUGCUGUUCAUCAGCUUCUGAAGCAAUUCCCUUGCCUCUUUGAAUUCAACGAAGCUUUUUUGGUGAAGCUGGUGCAGCACACUUACUCCUGCCUCUACGGGACCUUCCUCGGGAACAGCCCGUGCGAGCGAGAGAUGCACAACAUCUACAAGAGAACCUGCUCCGUGUGGUCCCUCCUGCGCGCUGGCAAUAAGAACUUCCACAAUCUUCUCUACAUGCCGGGCUCCGAGCAGGUGCUGCAUCCAGUGUGCCACGUACGAGCGCUGCACGUCUGGACAGCAGUGUAUCUGCCAGCUUCCUCCCCUCACCCUCUAGGACAGGAUGAGAUGGACAUUUACCUGCCCUCUGGAUCUCAAAGCCAGGAGUUCAGUGGCAGAUGUUUGGACAGAUUACCAAAGACAAGAUCUAUGGAUGACCUGCUGUCAGCCUGCGACUCCAGCAGCCCACUGACGCGCACGUCCAGCGAUCCGAACCUCAACAACCACUGUCAGGACGUGCGGAUGGGGCUGGACGCCAGGCCUGCGAGCGCGGAGAGCGCGGAGCAGCCCGGCRGCGAAGGCAGCGCCGCGGCUGCGGGAGAGGGGCAGCACAGAGCCGAGGAGCGAGCGGCAGGCGGCCCGGGGCAGCCUGGCGACAGGCACGGGAGCCCCGCUGAGCCCCCCGGGCACGGUGGGCAGCCGGGUGCCCGGGCGCCCGGGCCGGCCAGCACCUCCCCAGCGGCGGCAGCCGACAGCCCACAGGUAGCGGAGCCAGGUGCUGCAAACCCAGCCCCAAAUCUGGCCGCACAGGAAGGUCUUGACGGAAUUUGCACCACUUCUGGGAAGCAGCUGGAAACCUGCCCCCAGGAACCUUUGAAGGCUCCUGGCUUGGUAUCCAAUGGAGGAACCUGUCCCAAGAAAAGCACUGCGGGUCAAGACAUUCCCAGCCAGGAGUCGCUCGCUCCAAGCAGCGCUUUACGGGAUACCCCCGGCCCUGCCCUGGGCCUCCCCUGCCUGGAUGGAGACCAUUGCAAAGCUGAUGCCCGGAGGAAAGGGCCCUGCGAGGAGCCGGCCCGGCUGGGGAAGGCUCCCCUCGAGCAGUGGCGUAAGACCAUUUCCCAGAGCCAAAGCAGCGAAUUCUCCUUCCUGGGAUCCAACUGGGACAGUUUCCAAGGAAUGGUGACAUCUGUCCCCAAUGGGGAGCCUGCCCCCAGACAUCUUCUGUACGGCUGCUGCAGCAAGAGGCUGAGCAGCAGGCAGCUGCGGGCACCCGGCCUGGGCACCCACUGGGCUGCCAGGGACGGUGCGAGAGCCCCGGGCUGCCCCGGCCACGCUGCGCCCCAUCCCGCAGGCCCUGCAGGGAGGCCCAGCCGCUCGUGGCUCCCCUGCCACCUGAAACAAGCCGCCGGUCCCAAACACGUGCCGCCGAAAUGUCCUUCUCCUGUGCCUCCUCUCUACCUGGACGAUGACGGGCUCCCCUUCCCCACGGACGUGAUCCAGCACAGGCUGCGGCAGAUCGAGGCCAGCUACAAGCAGGAGGUUGAGCAGCUGCGCAGGCAGGUGCGAGAGCUGCAGCUGCGGCUGGACAUUCGUCACUGCUGCGCCCCUCCGGCCGAGCCACCCAUGGACUACGAGGACGACUUCACCUGCUUGAAGGAAUCGGAUGGCAGCGACACGGAGGAUUUCUGCUCCGAUCACAGCGAGGACUGCCUGUCAGAAGCAAGCUGGGAGCCUGUUGAUAAGAAGGAGACUGAGGUGACGCGGUGGGUCCCAGACCACAUGGCCUCRCACUGCUUUAACUGCGACUGUGAAUUCUGGCUGGCCAAGCGGAGGCAUCACUGCAGGAAUUGCGGGAAUGUGUUUUGUGCUGCUUGCUGCCAUCUGAAGCUGCCCAUCCCUGACCAGCAGCUCUACGACCCCGUCCUCGUUUGUAACUCCUGUUAUGACCAUAUCCAAGUGUCUCGUGCCAGGGAGCUCAUGAGCCAACACCUGAAGAAACCCAUCGCCACGGCCUCCAGCUGAAUGCCAGACAAGGGACCUGUCGAGCCCAGCCUUUUCUCUCGCGGGUUUGAAGGGUGACUCUGCCUCCACUGUCGUUGUGAAGGCCUUUGGUGCAACACUUGAACACCAAGCUUGAAAGCACUGUCUUCAGCAGUCUUAUUAUCAGCCUGGAGCAGAGGAGCUCAAAGUAGAGAGCAUGGUGUGUGUGUCCCCACUCUGGUGCCGGUGGGUCCAUACGUCGUAGUCUGACAAACUAGGGCUAAAGGGGGGACUGCAACCUCUCUCUUCUGUGGGCUGGAAAGGAAUGUUUUCACAGAUGUUGCCUGUGCAAAGUACCCCCAAARCAAUAGGAAGGCAUGUUUAGAAGCAACUCCCCCUACAAAGGCAGGCUCUGCACAAGGAGCAGGGCAGCUCCGGGCAGCGCCACGUGCCUCGAAGGAUCCCAGCUCUCAGCCCAGAGCAGUCCUGUAGAUUCUCUUUCCAUGGAGUGUGAUUUGCGAUCAGCUUGGUGAACAAGACUCAUUAGCCAUCACUAAUUGAUUUUCCUCUUGAGCGUUGGAAGAGAGAUUAAUUCUGACUGAGAACAGGGCAAGGCGAUUUUCCCUGUUUCCACCUCUGCUAGGACUGGUGAUUGCACUUGACUCUGCCCCCAGYGCUGUGGGGGAGAGGGAGAUUUGGCUUUUUCCCUUCCUGCUCUGCCGUCUGCUUUGUCCGCAGCAGUGUCACGGCCUGGUGCUCACACGGGAAUGGCGCCCUGAUCCUCUCCGGCAUGGAAACAGAACCCGUGCUCCUGUGUUGCUCCUCCUCCCCUUCCUGCCCUCCGCUCUCCACUUCCUCUUGCUCUUUAUCCUGAAAACUUGAUACCGUGAGGGUAUAGGCCAUAAUGUGUUGUUUUAUCUCCUGGAAUGUGCUGUCUGGUGUAUGUGAGGGUUUCAGUCCAAAUGCUGCUAUAUAUUUCUGUGCACUUAAUGUAACCCAAAAAAGGGAGAAUGAAGCAUUGAUACCAAAACAAGGGUGGGGAAGGACACUGGCUGACAUAGACAUUGUAAUCUGUGCUUUUCACUUUGGGAUGUGCAGCCAAGCUACAGUGACAGCCAUGACAUGUGGCAUCUGGUCGGUCCUGGAAACAACCUCUUUGGUUUUCCCCAAUGCGACUUAAAAAGUCGUCUCGAAUUCAGCCUCCUUUUUUUGUCUCCUGUACAGUGGUCAAAGUUCAGAGUUGCCAACCUGUAAUUGCCUCCCUGCUUCUUCCUUAAACUGGGGAGCAGGAAUCCCAGCUCAUCCUAAGAACAAAAGGAACAGGGUUUAGAAACAAGGAUUUAGAAAAAAAAGAGGGUUUCAGGUGAGCUUUUGCUUACCCCCUAGACCACUCUGGGUGGAUCCAUGCUGCYUCCUUCCCGAGAAAUCUGCAGAUAUUAGUGAGGAAGAACAGUUCCAACACGAGGCAUUUCUCUGUCGCAGUGUAGGUUUUCUUUCCAACUCGAUGAAAACGCUGUGUGUAUUGGGUGCCUCGUGAGCUGAGACGUGACGUGGGGAGAGGGCCGGGGACGGCACGUGGUCCAGCCACGAGGCAAACGGCGUCGCGCUGUUCGGAUCUCGCAGGUUUUUCUUUUGCCAAUGGUCUGUCAGCCCCAGCAGAGGGAACGGAAUAAUGACCCUUUCCUGCACUUGGACAUGUCAGUAAAUCUCAAUAGCGCAAGCAAAGCUAGCCUCAUCUGAAGACCCUGUACUUACUUGGACUGUGCUUCUUUUCCAUACUGGGAACAACCAAUAUGGCUUUGGGAAGAGAAGGCACCUGGCUUCACAUUCUUCCCUGCCUUGUACCUUGCA